AGAAGAGAAGUCACCUUGCUGAAGACAGUAGCGUACCAACUAAUAAAGGAAAACCGUGAAAUUUACGUGUUGGAAGAGGCUGCGAAAUUAUGAAUUCUUCGAAAAGGAGUGAAAGUGACUGGCAAGGCCUGGUGAGCGAGUUCCUGGUGUGUAAGCGUAAACUAGACAGCAAGAAGGAGGCCCUCCUGAUCCUGUCCAAAGAGCUGGACACCUGUCAACAGGAGAGAGACCAGUAUAAGCUGAUGGCCAACCAGCUGCGAGAACACCACCAAGGACUCAAGAAAAAGUACAGGGAGCUCAUUGAUGGAGAUCCUUCUUUACCACCUGAAAAACGCAACCAGGUGAACUUGGCUCAGCUGCUGAGAAACGCAAGGGAGCGAGGGAAACAGCUAGUCGAGGAGGUGAAGGAGCUGAAUCAGAGACUGGCAGAGGCCCAGGGGGAUAACAAGCUGCUGAGGAUGACAAUCACUAGACAGAGGCUGGGGGAUGAGGAGGUGGGGGCACGCCACUUUCCCGCCCAUGAGAGAGAAGACCUGGUCCACCAACUGGAGAAGGCAGGGCUACAGAUGGAGGAGCUGGAGAACAGUGUUAAGGCACUGACUGAUGAGCUGGACGACGUUAAGGCAGAGCGUGGCGUGUUCAGCGAGAAGGCUGAGCGCCUCAACCUGGAGCUCAACCAUAUCCUGGGUGGCCACGAGACCCGGAUCAUUGAUGUGGAUGCCCUCUGUAUGGAGAACAGGUAUUUACAUGAGCGGUUCAACCAAGUCCAAGAGGAGGUGAACUUGCUGAAGUCUAACAUCAUGAAAUACAAGACUGCGUUGGAGAGGAGGAAGAGCUUUAAAUUGUCUGGGAAGUCCAACAGCAGUGCUCUAACAGGAGUCCUCUCUGCCAGACAAGGUACACCACCAUCGCAUACAGAUGCGUCCAGCAACCACAUGGCAGGUCCCAAUUCCGACUGGCAGCUCCGUUUGCAGGAGUUGUUGUCUGAGGAGCAGGGCUGCAGUCUCCCGGCCACGCCCCAGUCCAUCUCUGACCUAAAGUCCCUAGCCACGGCCCUGCUGGAGACCAUCCAUGAGAAGAACCUGGUCAUUCAGCACCAGAGACACACCAACCGGAUUCUGGGGAAUAGAGUUGCUGAGCUGGAGAGGAAGUUGAAGACAUUAGAGGUGUCCGGCUUGUGGAGUCUUCCAGGGGGACGAGACAACAUUAUGCUGAGCGAGAGCCAGCGACCUGAGCUCCUAUCGCCCAGCAUCACGCCGUGCCCACCUCCGCCCCAAACGCACGCAGCAACGCAGCCACCUAAAGACGACAGAAUGGGAGCAUCGUCGUGGGAACGGGCCACAGCUGGCGGUGACUUUGGCGCAGAUGGCGUCGGCGGGGAGGGCGCACCCGAGCCCAGUGACGGGGCGGAGGCUAACUGCAUCUGCCUGAGUGACAGGCGGGGAGUGGAGAUUGUGACGCUGUCGGAGGAGCAGGCUGCCGCGGAGCUGGAAGAGGGGCAGAGUCCCGUGGAGGAGGAGGGGCAUGAGGUGAAAGUGGACGAGGAGCUGGGCUCCACAGUGGAGGAGGGAGAGGAGGCGGCCCUGGCGCUUGACGCCCCACCCUUAGAGGCGGAGUCAGACUUGGGUAACCUCCCACAGCUGCCUGUAAGGCAAGCUACCAUAGAUGACACCCUUGAGGUGGGUCAUUUGACCUGCCAUGAUCAAGCAGUGAAGCCUACAGGACUCCCUAACACAGAAGAUGCCUCUAAGCCAGCUUCCAUAUUCAAGACCCCAGACUGGGGUGGCACAGAUGGGUGGGACCUGCACUGUCAAUCAGGACAGAGUGACAGUUGCCAUAGCGACAAUCAUUGAAAAGUGAUGUUUGAUGAUGUAGACCAACCACCCCCCCCCCCUUUUGUGCUCCCAGCCAUAGAAUGGAUAGAGAGAACGCUUUCUCAGCCUCCCAUUGACAGUCAGUGCCUGAAGUGUACUUUGCAUCUAGAUAGUGUUGUUGCUCUGAAAAGAGCAGACAAUCUUGAAAUCAAUCCACUUGCAAGUCUAAUGUCCUACAGGAGUAAUUUAGCAAAGAAAAUAGCAAAGAUGGCAAAGUCCCCCCGCAAACUGCCUCCAUGGUAGGAUAAUCCCAGCUGUUUGCUUCCUGUUUAUUCCUACGGGUUGCUAGUUAAAUGAGAGCUGUUUUAUUUUUUUUCUGUUGCCCACAUACAGGAGCCAUUGUGAGUUAGUGUGAUGAAUGUAUUAGAUUUGCAUGGAAAUCUGUGAAGAACACUGUUCGAGAGUUUAAUGUAUUUGUAUUAUCGCAGCUUUAUGUAUAUAGAUUAUAGUUACAGUCACUAAUCAAUUAUGGAGCCGUUUUCUUAUUCUGUUUCUAAUGGAAAAGUAGAUGUUGGCUUGUGACUGCAUGUGCCUUAUACACUGGAAUAUUUCAUUUUACAUGUUCAAAUCCUUCUGAAUGUCAUAUCUUGCAGUGUCACAUGUCUAACUUGUUGCAUAGGAGCACAGACGUAUAAUCAAUAUGAGCCUCACUGCUGCCUGAGGAAUGUCAAUGUCCUUGUUUUCACAACCAACUGCUUGUCAUGGUUGUCUACUCUUAUAAAGCUUUGUUUACCAGCUGCAUAACCACACACACACACAGUCUUACUACACUUUUGUAAAUAAACACAUUGACUAAUUUUGUCACACAAAGUUUCAUGUACUUGCCCCAGAAUUCUGACACACACACGGACACACACACACUUACAGCCAAAGUCCAGGCCCUGCUAAGGUAUUCAGAUUCAGUUUUUCCCACAUUCAGGUGGCAGCUGGCCUCCAAGCAAACGGCAUCAAAGCCAGAAUCCAUGAAGUGCUUAUUCUGCAGAAGGCUGCUUGCUAUUUUUACUCUUUGACACAAAAUAGGAGGAAGGAAAAAAAAUCUAGAAUCCCGGGAAGCCGUGGUGUGUUCGCAGUACGCACACACUCACACACACUCACACAGCCAGAGUAGGCCCGCUGCCAGCCAGCUUAUUUGGCAUAUUGGCGAGGCGUUUCGAGGAAUCUGAUGACUUUAUAAAGCAGAUGGGAUUUGCUGCUAAUGAAAUUGUGAAACGACGUGGUGCCUUGGGCUUUAGCGAAAUGCCUAACCUGCGUGCCAAUUCACCACGAUAAGGGGGUUCCUCAUCCUCCGGUAUCUUGCCUAAUUUGACUUUAAUGUCUAUGUGAAAUUUAACUACUCAAAGGGGUAAACAGUAGAACUACAAAUGUGUUAUUUUCUGAGCAGUGGCGUGGAGCUGGUAGUUGUCGUUUUGUAGAAGUGAGACUGUAACCUAGGUUACAAUGCGUGACCUGCCCUGUACUAGUCAACCAAAACUGACUGCCGCUCAGAGAGCCCUGGGCAUUGAAGAAGUGAGCAAUUUCAGCUGCUCUCGCUGGGUUGCUCAAGUUGUGACAUGGAUUGAAGUUGACAAUUCCCUUUUCUGCCCCCCCCCCCUGCACCGAUCCCUGAUGGUCUGUCACAGCCUGCCGCUUGCACUGUGGGAAGUCAGAAUCCUCCCGUGUCUCACUACCAGUAUACUUUAUAUUCUCUUAGAGGAAUUUCUAUUCUCAUUUGCAAAGGAAAGUAGCUAUGCUCAUUGUUUAACUCUUCAGGUCUGUACAACAAAUUGCAUUAAGACUCAUGAGAUAUGGCUUGACUUUAUUAUCCAAUUCCUUUGUAUCAGACGUGACAUUCCAAUAUCUUAAGCAGAGGUGGCCAACCUUUCCUGGCGAGCUAUUGGGUGUGGAGGCCUUUGCUCCAGCCCUGCUCUAACACAUCAGUGAAUCAAUGUCCUGCAGUUGAACCGAAUGUGUUAGAGCAUGACUGGUGCAAAAGUCUGCACACACAAUAGCUCUCCAGAAGGAGGCUUAACUAUCCAUGAUUUAGAAGAAUAAAAAACACAAAUAUAAAAAAUAUAUAAUUAUUAAAGACAAU